CUCAAUGUGAGGGGAGCGCCCGGACACAGCGCGCAUCCGGACGGAGACGAGCCCGGGCAAGGCCCCCACCCCCGGACUCCUCGCCGGGAUCUCACGCCCCUCCUCUCCCAGACCCCAGACCCUUGGGUUCCCACCCCCUCCCGCUCCCUCCUUCCUCCCCCGCCGCCUCCGGUAUCUCCAUCCAUCCCCAGCAUCCUCCCUGCGCCCCUGCGAUUCCCCCCCUCCCGCUCAGCCAGCCCCAAUUGCCUCCCACCUCCAAGACCCCCUCCCCGACCGCAUCCGCGACCCCUGUUCCUUGAGUCCCCAGUCCCCACCCCUGCCUCCCCCGCACUGGUCCCCCUUUUGCCCCCUUUUCCUCCUUCUCCCUCAUUUGCCCCCACUUCUGUCCUCCCCGCCCUCCUCCGCCCAUCUCAGCGCCCCCACCCAGGCCGGGGUGCUCGGUCCGGCGCGCCUCCCUGGAACAGCACCAAGGUCCCGGGGCUCCAGGGGGGUGGGUGCGCAGGGCGGGGAGCAUGGGGAGGGGGCGCCCCAUGUGAUGGGAGGGGGGCGCAGGCGGAGGCGGCGGAGGCGGAGGCGACAGCCGAGCCGGGCCGGGGGCUCCGAGGGCUGGGGGCAGGGAGCAGGGCGGCCCCAUGGCAGGGCCCCCCUGAGGCAGUCCGGGGGAGCCCCCUCCCCUCCCCAGCUCGGGGGUCUUCGGGCCCCAUGAGCCGGGGCGCGGGCGCGCUUCAGCGCCGGACAACGACCUACCUCAUCUCGCUGACCCUCGUCAAGCUCGAGUCGGUGCCUCCGCCGCCGCCCUCCCCGUCUGCAGCCGCGGCCGGAGCACCCGGGGCCAGGGGCUCCGAGGCCGCCGAUCCCGGCAGCCCCCGAGCUGCCGAGGAACCGGGCAAGAAGCGGCACGAGAGGCUCUUCCACCGGCAGGAUGCGCUGUGGAUCAGCACGAGCAGCGCGGGCGCGGGGGGCGCGGAGCCCCCCGCGCUGUCCCCGGCCGCCCUGUCCCCGGCUCCGGCAAGCCCGGCCCGGCCGGUCUCCCCGGCUCCCGGCCGCCGCCUUUCCCUCUGGGCCGCCCCUCCGGGACCCCCGCUCCCCGGGGGGCUGAGCCCCGACGCCAAACCCGGGGGCGGCCCCCCUUCCUCCCGGCGCCCUUUACUCAGCAGCCCGAGCUGGGGGGGCCCGGAGCCCGAAGGCCGGCCGAGCGGCGGUGUCCCGGGCUCGUCCUCCCCGCACCCGGGCACGGGCAGCCGGCGGCUCAAGGUGGCGCCUCCCCCGCCGGCUCCCAAGCCCUGCAAGACCGUGACCACUAGUGGAGCCAAAGCCGGCGCGGGCAAGGGCGCGGGAAGCCGCCUGUCAUGGCCCGAGAGCGAGGGCAAGCCCAGGGUCAAGGGGUCAAAGAGCAGCGCUGGGACUGGAGCUUCGGCCGUGGCCGCCGCCGGGGGAGGAGGAGGCGCUGCGGCCGCCACCUCUGGUGGGGUCGGGGCUGGGGCUGGAGCCCGGGGAAAGCUGUCCCCGAGGAAAGGCAAGAGCAAGACCUUGGACAACAGUGACUUGCACCCGGGACCACCUGCCGGCUCGCCUCCUCCGCUGACCAUCCCAGCAGCCCUGGCUCCUGCUUCAACGAUCCCCACCACCUCCGCGCAGCCCCCCGGGCCUGCACCUCCGAUCACGCUGGAGCCUCCAGCUCCUGGGCUGAAAAGGGGUCGGGAGGGGGGCCGAGCAUCCACUCGUGACCGCAAGAUGCUCAAGUUUAUCAGCGGUAUCUUCACUAAGAGCACAGGGGGGCCUCCCGGCCCCGGGCCCCUUCCCGGACCCCCAGGCUUGUCUUCCGGCAGCGGGUCCAGGGAGCUGCUGGGCGCGGAGCUCCGAGCCUCCCCUAAGGCUGUGGUGAAUAGCCAGGAAUGGACUUUGAGUCGUUCCAUUCCUGAACUGCGCCUGGGUGUGCUGGGUGAUGCCAGGAGUGGGAAGUCAUCACUCAUUCAUCGAUUCCUGACUGGUUCGUACCAGGUGCUGGAGAAGACUGAGAGUGAGCAGUACAAGAAAGAGAUGUUGGUGGAUGGACAGACUCAUCUGGUGCUGAUCCGAGAGGAGGCUGGGGCACCUGAUGCCAAGUUCUCAGGCUGGGCAGAUGCUGUGAUCUUUGUCUUCAGCCUGGAGGAUGAGAACAGUUUCCAGGCUGUGAGCCGUCUCCAUGGGCAGUUGAGCUCUCUUCGGGGAGAAGGAAGAGGAGGCCUGGCCCUGGCAUUGGUGGGGACACAAGACAGGAUCAGUGCUUCCUCUCCUCGGGUGGUAGGCGAUGCUCGUGCCAGGGCGCUGUGCACAGACAUGAAACGAUGCAGUUACUAUGAGACGUGUGCAACCUAUGGGCUCAAUGUAGAUCGGGUCUUCCAGGAGGUGGCCCAGAAGGUGGUGACUUUGCGCAAACAGCAGCAGCUCCUGGCUGCCUGCAAGUCCCUGCCUAGCUCCCCAAGCCAUUCUGCUGCCUCUACUCCUGUAGCUGGGCAGGCUAGCAAUGGGGGCCACACUAGCGACUACUCUUCUUCUCUUCCAUCCUCCCCCAAUGUUGGCCACCGGGAGCUCCGUGCUGAGGCAGUGGCAGUGGCUGGAUUGAGCACUCCAGGAUCUCUGCACCGGGCAGCCAAGCGCAGGACCAGCCUUUUUGCGAAUCGUCGGGGGAGUGACUCAGAGAAGCGGAGCCUGGACAGUCGGGGAGAGACAACAGGAAGUGGGCGAGCCAUCCCCAUCAAACAAAGCUUCCUAUUAAAGAGAAGUGGCAAUUCCUUGAAUAAAGAAUGGAAGAAGAAAUACGUGACCCUGUCCAGUAAUGGCUUCCUACUCUACCAUCCCAGCAUUAACGAUUACAUCCAUAGUACCCAUGGCAAGGAGAUGGACUUGCUACGAACGACGGUCAAAGUCCCAGGCAAAAGACCCCCAAGAGCCAUCUCUGCUUUUGGCCCCUCAGCCAGCAUCAAUGGGCUGGUCAAGGACAUGAGCACUGUCCAGAUGGGUGAAGGCCCUGAAGCCACUACUCCCAUGCCAAGCCCCAGUCCCAGCCCCAGUUCCCUGCAGCCACCACCAGACCAGACAUCCAAGCACCUGCUGAAGCCAGACCGGAAUUUGGCCCGAGCCCUCAGCACUGACUGUACCCCAUCUGGAGACCUGAGCCCCCUGAGUCGGGAACCCCCUCCUUCUCCCAUGGUGAAGAAGCAGAGGAGGAAAAAAUUGACAACACCAUCCAAGACUGAAGGCUCAGCUGUGCAGGCUGAAGAGGAAAACUUUGAGUUCCUGAUUGUAUCCAGCACUGGUCAGACAUGGCACUUUGAGGCAGCCAGCUUUGAAGAGCGGGAUGCCUGGGUCCAAGCCAUCGAGAGUCAGAUCCUAGCCAGUUUGCAGUGUUGUGAGAGCAGCAAGGUCAAGCUGCGCACAGACAGCCAGAGCGAAGCUGUGGCCAUCCAGGCAAUCCGGAACGCCAAGGGAAACUCCAUCUGCGUGGACUGUGGGGCCCCCAACCCCACGUGGGCCAGCUUGAACCUGGGUGCACUGAUCUGCAUCGAGUGUUCCGGCAUCCACCGGAACCUGGGCACACACCUGUCCCGCGUUCGCUCGCUGGAUUUGGAUGACUGGCCGCGGGAGCUGACCCUGGUGCUGACCGCCAUUGGGAACGACACCGCCAACCGCGUCUGGGAGAGCGACACUCGGGGUCGUGCCAAGCCCACGCGGGACUCUUCGCGGGAGGAGCGUGAGUCGUGGAUUCGCGCCAAGUACGAGCAGCUGCUCUUCCUGGCGCCGCUGGGCACGACCGAGGAGCCGCUGGGCCGCCAGCUGUGGGCCGCGGUGCAGGCCCAGGAUGUGGCCGCCGUUCUCCUGCUUCUGGCCCACGCGCGACACGGGCCGCUGGACACCAGCGUAGAGGACCCGCAGCUCCGCUCCCCACUUCACCUGGCUGCGGAGCUCGCCCACGUUGUCAUCACGCAACUGCUGUUGUGGUACGGCGCGGACGUAGCGGCCCGCGACGCGCAGGGCCGCACGGCGUUGUUCUACGCCCGUCAGGCUGGAAGCCAGCUGUGCGCAGACAUCCUCCUCCAGCACGGCUGCCCGGGCGAGGGCGGCAGCGCAGCCACCACGCCCAGCGCCGCCACCACGCCCAGCAUGACCGCCACGCCCAGCCCCCGGCGCCGGAGCAGCGCCGCUAGCAUGGGCCGCGCCGAUGCCCCGGUAGCGCUGGUAUAGUUGCCCAGCAGCGGGAGAGACACCCCACCCCACCACCCCCAGGCGAGCCGGGCACGACCACACCGGGUGGACCGUUGGACAGAUGCACCCACUCACCUCUCCAACCCGCACCCCGCCCCACGGGAGCACUUCCUUACCCCCACCGAGGGCACAGCCCCCACGCCUCCCAGAAGACACAAACUCACCUUCCUCUCCCCAACGAGGCAUGGAGACCCUUUCCCCCCACAGCUCAACACACCCCCUUCUCCACUGUUUCCAUUCUGGGUCAACCCGCGCGGUGUUUGCAGGAGGGGAUGCUCGGGUUGCGCGCGCGCGCAGCGCAGGCUCCUGGGCGCUUGGACAUGCCCAUUCGCGCCCCCUAGAGGUGGGAAACGACCCAGUCCUGCCGGCCUGCGCUGAACAAUCCCUGAUGGCGGGAGCCCAAACCCAGGCUGGCUCCUGGGGCGACGCCACGCCAUAGGGAGGGGUUAGUACGUGAAGGGCUAGCCCUGGGACUUGGGACCAAUACUGGGACUCCCGUCCUUUCUAUGCUGAUCUCACUGCCCAGUGAAGGGGGAGGAAGGGCAGCGAGGGGCAGGACCCCUGCUGCCCACAGAUGUGUGUGUGGGUGGGUCCCCAACCCUUUCCGUGAAAGGGACCAUGAGGAGUGGAAAUUAGGAUGUCCCCCUACACCUACCUAUAGAUGGAAGCGAAAGGGCCAGGGGGAGCCAAGAGCCCGGGUCCCUCCCCUACUUUCUUAGGAGGGAGAAGGAAUGGAGCCUGAGGGGUCUGGAGAAGGGCCUUGUAAUUUAUUGCUUUGUUCCCCAACAUGGGGGUGGGGUGGGGUAGGGGCGUGGGGAGGGCUUUUUGGGGUAGGGGAAGCCAAGGGUGGGUAAGGGGUGGGUUGGGGCGGGGUGCUCUCUUGGGUUGUGAGUGUCUGUGACCGUGACUGCGUACCUGUGACUGUGCAGCGCCCAUGGUGAUCUAGGGGUUGGGGGCACCCCUACAGUGGGACCCCUCCCCCAUUAUUCUUUCUGUCCAGCCCCUCCCUCCCACUGGAGCAGCUCCAGACCCGUUCCUCAAUCCCAUCCUCCCAGCCAGGGCUGAGAGGAUGUGUGUUGGCUGCUAUGGUUUCCAGUUCUCCCCCAUUCCCCCCGCCCCCAAAGGGGGAGGUAGGGUGGACUUGCCUGGCCCAGCCCUGCUUCCCUCAAUCAACCUGGCCCUCGGGCUGUCUGUGUCAGUGGUUUCCCGUGGUUUUUUUUUCCCUCCUGGCUAAAAUAUUUUGCAAAAGAUCAGGUAAUGGGGAGGGGAGUGGAGUGGGGAUGAGGGGGGAUGCCUCCCUCAUCUCCUCCUGGGAAGCAGGUGGUGUGAAUCUUCAACAGCAAUUAAAGAGGAAGUGAUUUUGUCUA